AAUCAACCCCUUCAAUGGCAUCUUCAUCAUCUUCUUCUCAAUUGUGGAAACAUGAUGUUUUUCUUAGUUUUAGAGGAAAAGACACUCGCAACACCUUUGUGGAUCAUCUUUAUUCAGCUCUUGUACAACAAGGAAUCUACCCUUACAAGGAUGACGAAGCACUUCCCCGGGGCGAAACCAUCAGUCCAUCGCUUUUGAAGGCUAUUGAAGAAUCACGGAUUGCUGUCAUAGUAUUCUCCAAAAACUAUGCCAAUUCUUCUUGGUGCUUGGAAGAACUUGCACAUAUUAUGAAAUGCAAGAAUGAGAGAGGCCAAAUUGUUAUUCCAAUAUUCUAUCACAUUGAUCCCUCUGAACUCCGAAAUCAGAAAAGGAAAUAUGGAGAAGCACUUGCCAAACAUGAGUCAAAGAAGAAAAUCGUUGAAUCUUGGAGAAAAGCACUUGCAGAUGCAGGGAACCUAUCUGGAGAUGUUGUCAAUGGGCCCGAGACAAUAUUCAUCAAAGGAAUUGUUGACACAAUUUCAGAAAGAUUGUGUGUGGCAAUUUCAAGUGACAGUGAAGACCUGAUUGGUAUAGAGGCUCGCCUGCAAGAUUUGAAAUCAAAGUUAGCAAUGGAUUCACGUGAUGUACUCCUGGUUGGGAUAUGGGGACUUGGGGGUGGUGGCAAGACUACUCUUGCAUCUGCUCUUUAUGAUGAAAUCUCUAGCAAGUUUGAUGGUUCCUGCUUUGUGAAAGAUAUUCGGGAAGAAUCAAGAAAGCAUGGUUUGCCAAAAUUGCAAAAAGAAAUUCUCUCACUUGUUUUGAAACAAAAAAGAGAGGAAGUAGUUGGAGAUGUAGGAAGCUUGAUAAAGAGUAGGUUUCGUCGUAAAAAGGUCUUGAUGGUUCUCGAUGAUGUCGAUCACGCUGGCCAGCUAAAGGAAUUAGCUGGAUCAAAUGCUUGGUUUGGUAAAGGAAGCCGAAUAAUAAUCACAACAAGAGAUAACCAUUUAUUAAAUGCUCACAAAGUAAAUGUGAUAUACAAUAUUAGCUUGUUAAAUGAUGACGAGGCUAUUAAGCUCUUUUACAAGCAUGCACCUCCAGAUCAUAGACCCAUAGAAGAUUAUGAGAUGCUUUCAAAAGAUGUGGUCUCUUAUGCUAGUGGGCUUCCAUUAGCACUUAAAGUUCUAGGUUCUUUUCUAUGUGAUAAAGACAUGAGUGAAUGGAUGAGUGCCUUGGCCAGACUAAAAGAGAUCCCAGAUGGUGAUAUUGUAGAAAAGCUAAAAAUUAGCUAUGAUGGACUUAAACCCAUGGAGAAAGAGUUGUUCCUAGAUAUUGCAUGUUUUUUUAGGGGAAAAAAGAAAGAUAAGGCAAUGGUGAUACUUGAUGCUUGUGGUUUUCACCCUAUCAUAGGGGUAAAGGUGUUGAUACAAAAGGCCCUCAUAACUGUGUCACAAGCAAGAAGGUUUGAUAUGCAUGAUCUGAUACAAGAAAUGGGAUACUACAUCGUUCAAGAAGAAAAUCCUAAAAAUCCUGAAAAACACAGCAGGGUUUGGCAGACGGAAGAUGUUCUAAAAAUAUGUGCUGUGGAUGCAAUGGUGGUAAUGUUGGAGCUAGCAUUGUAUAUAAUGUUAUAUCGACAAAGAGGCAAAGGAUCGUACAUUCCUCCUAGUUUUCCUCAGGUUGUCGGUAACAUGAAGAAACUUCGGUGGAUUUCUUGCUACGGCUAUUCAGCAACUUCAUUGCCAAGAGAAUUUCAACCAAUGGAGCUUUGUUGUCUAAAGUUGGAAUGGAGCUUGGUAGAGCAACUUUGGGACGGCUAUAAGCAUCUACCGAAUUUGAAAGUGCUCGAUCUCACUAAAUCAAGAAACCUAGUUAGCACACCAGAUUUUGACGGACUUCCAUGUCUUGAAAGAUUGAUGCUCAGAAGCUGUACCAGUUUAAAAGAGAUGCAUCCAUCAAUUGGAUGUCAUGAAAGGCUUAUUUUCCUGGACAUGGAAUACUGUGAAAGCCUUGAAAUAUUUCCACCCAUUAUCCGGGUGAAAAGGUUGGAGACUCUUAUACUCUCUUGUUGCUAUAAACUUUGCAAGUUCCCAGAGAUUGAAACAAGCAUGGACAACUUGGUAGAGCUUAGUUUGAGAGGAAGUCAGAUAGAAAUUCUACCCUCAUCAAUUGGAGAAUAUUGUACCAACCUUCUUUCUCUUGAUUUGAGAGAGUGUCGAUAUCUAUGGAGUAUUGAAGGCAACUUCCACCCCUUAAAACAUUUGAAAGGGCUUUAUCUUAGAGGUUGUGAAGAACUUAAGAACAUACCAGAGGAAGGCCUCUUUGAUAAAGAAUGUUGUUUACAGGUGCUUUCAUCUUUCAAGAAUCUUCACCUAGGAAUGGUAAGCAUGAAGCUUUUUGGCAUUUCAAGUUCCUUAAGAAUGUUGGAUCUUAGAGAUUGCAAUCUGGUAGAUGGAGACGUCUCCUCUGUUUUUUGCAAUGAGUUAUCCAACCUACAAGCAUUAGACCUAGGUGGGAACUAUUUUUCACAAUUGCAUUCCAGCCUCUUGCAACUUCCUUGUCUCAAAUUCCUCGACCUAUCAGAUUGCUUAAACCUUGUAGAAUUACCGGAUCUCCCAUCAAGCAUAGCUAUUCUCAUAGCAAGUAACUGCAACUCGCUUAAUAUUGUAGGAGAUUUUCCAACAAACAACCUUAAAUGGUUGUGGAAAGUCUCACUUCCAACGCAUAGUAUGUCGGGUGAUGGUGAGAGAGUAGUACAAUCCAUGCUUCAGGGAAAUGCCAUUGAAGAUUACUUUUUGAGCAUCAAGUUCGAUGAUGCUUACAUUCCAAUACAAGGUUGUGAAUGGGGAACAUUUACGUUACAACUUCCGUGGAACUGGUACAGUGAAUAUAGUGGAUUCUUAGUAUACGUUGAAUACUGGAUUCCGUACAUGCAUGAAGUAAUUACUAUAGAUGAUGUAGUGGGUAGGGAAAAUGAAGGUGAUGUUUUGGAAGUGUCUAAUGAAGACGAGGAAAGUGAGAAAACGAGUGGCAUGUGUUAUAUAUCGUUUGUUUCAUUGAGGGACACCUCAUGGUGGAAUUCAUGUCACAAUGCCAUUUCUUUUUCCAUAAACUACGAUACCUUAUUAAAAGUCGAGCUUGUUCCUAAGAGAAGUCAAGACGAUGAUGAUUCAGUAAAAAAGGCAAAAGAUACAACAUACCUCUCAAAAUUUUGGGAUAAGGAAGAAGACAAGACAUUUGAGAUCAUAAGUGAUUCAAGCUCCUCUAUCAGCAUUUCAUGGCUUCAUAAUCAUUAUGUGGACAUGUUCCACCAUGUAUGAUCUUUUCACCUUUU